AUGACGGAAGCAUGGAAAUCCAUCGGUCGCCACUUUUGCGAGAUCUGCAAAGUAUGGAUGACCGACAACAAAUUGUCGCGCGAUUUCCACGAGCGUGGCCAGGCCCAUCAGAAUAUGAUCAAGGUCCGCAUCGCCGAGUCGCAGAAGAAGGCGCAGGCUCGCGAUAAGCAGAUGCAAGAGCACAACUCGAUCGUCUCGCAGAUGGAGCAGGCGGCCGUGGCGAAGAUGGUUCAAAUGGGGGAAGAUCUGUACCAUGGGCCCUCAUUACCAACAGGUGUCGUCACCAACUACUUCGACCCGCGAGGUCACCGAGGGGCGCAGUCGAUGGCCACGGAAAUAGCGCGAUUUGAGAGCGGCGGUCCUUCUUGCGUGGCUCCAUCACUCGGGAAUGACCCAUCAUCGAAGAUGCGAACAGGGCCUGCUGGCAAAGGCCAACCUCCCGAGAAGAAGGUCAGGGAACGACCACCGCCCGGCGUCGAUCUGUUUUCCGAAGUAUGUCCCAGCAGCACAGUACGCGAAUUGCCGAUGUCACUGGACGGGCAAGCGGUAGAUAUUGAAUGGGUCCAGUCGUACGAUGAGACCGGCAAGCCGUACUACUGGAAUAUGAACACGCAGCAGCGCAAAUACAAAUGCCCGGGCGCGUAUUACAAGGCCGAGGAGUACGCGAAGCGCUUGAAGUUGAUGGAGAUUGCCGGCAUUCCGGCGGUCAGCGCCGCUCGACCACCACCCGUCGACAUCCGCCUGAAGAACCGAGCCGCCAAACGCGCCGCCAAGCAGGCAAAGAAGGAGACACCGCUGGAGAAGCACAAGCGCGAGGAGCGCUACGAGGCGGAAUAUGUGGCCAAGAUGGAGGCGCUGGAAGCGGAAGCACGGAAACAAGCCGAUGAAAAUGGAAUGGACAUCCCGCUGCCGCCGGCCGAUCAGCCUCCUCCUCCCCCACCUCCUGCGCCAACUCAACCCACGACUUCCAAGCCAGCAUACGUCCCCGGCAGAUCCGUGACUGUUGAUCUUCCACCUGGCGUGCCGAAACCCCCGAAAGCUCCGAAAUUCGAAGAAUCGGCGGAACCAGAAACUAGUAACCCGUUUUUGCCGGUCGAAGCGAGCGCUCUCGGUGCGUGGGUGCGAGUGGUGAAGACAAUUGACAAGGAGCCCGUGUUCUCGCCGCUGACCGCAAAAUAUCGUGAAAUGGAAGAGGAGGAGGCGAAAAAGGCCGAGCAACAAAUGCAAUUCGAAGAGAAAGAACCGCCGAUUGUUUUUGAAGAAAAGACGGCCCCCGUCUCGACAAAGAAAACGACGAAGGUCGUCGAGUUCAAGAAGAAGGGAGGCGCCCCGAAGAAUGUCGUCGAAAACCAGCGUCAAUUCUUCAACACCGGCGCCACCCGGCCACUCGAAUUCCGCAAGCAGCAGCUGAAACAGCUGCGAAAGAUGCUUGUCGAGUGUGAGGGCGAAUUGGCCGAUGCCGUUUACCAAGAUCAUAGGAGGAGCCGCGAGACGACCCACCUCUACGAAAUGGGAGGCUCGAUCCAGGAAAUCGACUACUUCAUCGACAACCUCGCCGAUUGGGCCAAGCCGCAAAAUGUCUCGAAGACGAUGCUGAACCUGUUGGACACACCCCAGAUCGUCAAGGACCCGAAGGGAGUGACGCUGAUCAUUGCCCCGUGGAAUUACCCGAUUUGCAUGAUCACCUUGCCGUUGAUCCCUGCACUGGGAGCUGGAAACACGGUGGUGAUCAAACCGUCUGAAGUCUCCGAGCACACCGCCAAGGCCAUGGAGAGCUGCAUUGCCCGAUAUUUCGACCCGCGCGUUGUUACCGUCGUGAAUGGGGCCGUCAAGGAGACCACCGAGUUGCUGACGGAGCGUUUCGACCAUAUCCUGUACACCGGAUGCCCGCCGGUGGCCAAGAUCAUCAUGGCGGCCGCGGCGAAACAUUUGACGCCCGUCACGCUCGAGCUGGGCGGGAAAUGCCCUGUCAUCAUCCGCGACGACGCCGACAUCGACAUCUCGGCGAAGCGCGUCGCCUGGGGCAAGUGGAUGAACUGCGGACAGACUUGCCUGGCCCCCGACUACGUCAUGGUCACCGAGAAGAGCAAGGCCAAAUUCGUGGAGUCUCUCAGGAAGUAUGUACGCGAAUUCUUCGGCGACGACGUGCAGGGCAGCAAGGACUACUCGCGUAUCAUCAGCAGCCGCCAUUUCGACCGAGUGGCCGCACUGCUCGACAAGACGCAGGGCAAGGUGCUGAUAAGCCCCGGGGAGCGAAAUCGCGACGAUCUCUUCGUUCCGCCCACCGUACUCGACGUGCAACGCGAUGACGCUUUUAUGGAGGAUGAGAUUUUCGGCCCGGUGCUGCCCAUCCUGACCAUCAACAGCUUCGACGAGCAGCUCGAGUACAUCCGCGAAGGAGAGAAGCCCCUGGCCGCGUACAUCUUCACGCGCAGUGACCGUGAUGCCGACCGUCUUCUUUGCGAGACGACGAGUGGCGGUGUCACCGUAAAUGAUGUCAUUAUGCAUUUGCUAGUCGAUACGCUUCCAUUCGGCGGUGUUGGCAAUUCCGGCAUGGGAAGAUAUCGCGGCAAGUUCGGCUUCGACACGUUCAGCCACGAGAAGUCGGUGCUGAAGAAGGGGUUCUUUGGCGAGAGCCUGUUGUUCGCUCGCUACCCGCCAAUGACCGACAAAAAAUUCAAGAACAUGCAAUUCCUGACCGGAAAGCGUCGUGGAGUGCCGACAUUCAUGUCUCGAUUCUUCCCCACCCUGCCCAUCAUCAUGAUUUCGGUUAUCGUCGGCAUCGUCCUCCAGAAGUACCGCGCAAUUCUCGGC